AUGGGUGUUCAUGCACUAUGGGAUAUCGUUGGGCCAACAGCAAAGCCUGUGCGGUUGGAAUCACUAAGCAACAAGCGUCUGGCAGUCGAUGCAUCUAUCUGGAUUUACCAGUUCUUGAAGGCUGUCAGAGACAAAGAAGGAAACGCUAUGCGGUACUCUCAUGUGGUUGGUUUUUUCAGGCGUAUUUGCAAGCUGUUAUACUUCGGUAUCAAACCAGUUUUCGUGUUCGACGGCGGUGCUCCAGCACUGAAGAGGCGGACGAUUCAGCAGCGCAAAGAAAGAAGGCAGGGGCGUCGAGACAAUGCCGUCAGCACAGCGAAGAAGCUUCUCGCUUUACAGAUGCAAAACGGUGACCGCACUAAAAACAAAGAAAACGCUUCGAGAAGUACGUCGCAGACCCACGUUCACAGGCAAGAUGACGAGUACGACCUGCCAAAGAUUCCUGGCUUCAAGUACGAAGAGGGCGAUGCCAGGAUAAACGCAGAUGACUUCAAAACGAUAAUGGAGAAUAUUGACGAACUGGACGGCGUUGACCUCGACGCUGUGAACCCUGCAUCAAGGGAGUUUGAAGAGCUCCCAAAGUCAACUCAGUACAUGAUAUUGUCAGCGCUCAGGCUUAAGUCUAGACUUAGAAUGGGAUAUUCAAAAGAACAACUAGAGGAGAUCUUUCCCGACAGCAUGGAAUUUUCAAAAUUUCAAAUUGAUAUGGUUAAGAGAAGGAACUUCUUCACGCAAAAACUCAUGAGCGCGACCAACACGCACGACGGUGGCGCCUCAAAAUCGGAUACGGAGCCUUACAAAAGAGUAGCUGGGCAGCGGGGCAAAGAAUACCAGCUCAUAAGGACUGAGAAUGGCUGGGCCUUGAGCCUGACGGGAAACGACGGCUCAGAAAUCAGCAAGGCAAUUGUCGUUGAUGAACCGCAGAGAAAAAUGGAAGGGGAAUCCAGAACGCGUUCUGAGCCUCAGGGUGAAGAUGAUGAGGAUGAGGACAUUGACUGGGAGGACGUGGAUGUUGAGAAGAAAAAGAGCGAAAAAGAAUUAGAUUACUCCAUUAAGGCCUCGAUGCUUUCUGUUAAGGCUAACACAGUCCGUUCUGGGGGUGGUCAGUCUUUUUUAGAUAGACGAACUACAGAAACUCGUGAUAAAGGCCCUCAGAGCAAGUUUGUGUAUGUGUCGAAUGAGCCAGAACUAAUAGAUGACGAAGAUGAAGACGAAGACGAUUUUUCCGAGCUUACAAAAGAGAUUCAAUUAAUGGAAGACGUCAAGAAUGGGAGAGGAAAGAGAAUUGAGGAAAUUCAGACGGACAACUCUAUCCCCCAGAGACAGGAACAACAGAAAGCAGAAAGCAAGAAACCUAGCAGCUCUGCCCCUUUCUCAUAUGAAAACGAACCUGCUAGUGUUAAAGACCGGAUAGAGGUGGCUGAUAAUAGUGACGAAGUUGGUGAACAGGAGAUGAUUACGGAAGAUGAGGUACGAGAGAAAAGUCAGCAGAACAGCAGAUUUGGCGAAUUUAUUGCCCCAUCUUAUCCACAAAACAAAGCUUCGCAUGACGGCCAUCCAAAGGUGAGCUCAAGUCAGGCUGAAAAUAAAAAGUCCUCGAAUUCUGAGCAAAACUUGCAGUUUGUUUUGGACAAGAUCAAUAACUUGGAACAAAUGCAAGACCAACGGGUGGAAAUCGCUCCAGCCAAUGAAAACCCUGAAGGCCACAAUUCCGACGUCAUCCACGCACAUUCACGGGCGCCCGAACAUGAUGAAAGGCCUGUCCAGGAGACGCCUGCGUGGUUCAGGUCCGCGCCAGAUUUUAAUCCUCACUUGGGGACUUCAUUCUUGACUAGCACAACUGAGAAGGAACCCGAGCAGACAGACGACGAGCAGUUGGGCCUGUUGACUGGCUCGAAAGCAGCUGAACUGCUAUAUGAAAGAGAUGUUCUGAAUAAAGAGAACGAAGCUAAUGGGGACCAGAGCAGUGCAGAAGAAGAUGUUAUAGAAAUAGCGCCCCCAGAAAGCUUGUCUGCAGACAAGCCAUCUGAAGGAGGAGAAGAAGAAGAAAUUGAUAGUGCCGGGACACAAGGUAAAGCUCAUGUGCCCGUAGUAGAUUACGAUUUCUCAGAGGAUGAGGAAGAUGCUUUAGUCCAUCAGUUGAGGGAAGAGGAGCAGGACUACAAUGCGUUUAAAACAUCACUGAACCCGUCGAGCGUGAACGCAACUUUUGUGGACGAAGAGCUUCAUGAUCAACAUUUGAGGGACAAAAGGGACUCUGACGAAGUUACUGCGGCAAUGGUGGCAGAGGUUCAAGACCUCUUGACGCGAUUCGGUAUUCCAUUUAUGACAGCCCCCAUGGAAGCAGAAGCGCAAUGUGCAGAACUGCUGAUGCUAGGAUUAGUCGACGGUAUCAUAACUGAUGAUAGCGAUAUCUUUCUGUUUGGGGGUGAUAAAGUCUACAAAAACAUGUUCCAGGAAAAAAACUAUGUGGAAUACUACUACAGCGACUUAAUGAAAAAAGAGCUUGGGUUGGAUCGUGAGAAAUUUAUAGAACUCGCUCAGUUACUGGGCAGUGAUUACACUACUGGGGUCAAGAGCGUUGGGCCUGUGUCUGCAAUGGAGAUUCUAGCUGAAUUUGGCAACCUUCACAAUUUCAGAAACUGGUAUAGUGACGGACAAUUCAACAAAAAAAAGCAGGAAGAAGAGCCUACUUUUGAGAAAAGACUCAGGAAAAAACUUGUAACAAGCGAGGUAAUCCUCGAUACUGAGUUUCCCAGCGAUCUCGUCAAGGAGGCUUAUCUACGACCUGAAGUUGAUCAUGACGCCACUAGGUUUACUUGGGGUGUCCCUGACUUGGAUAGGCUACGGAGUUUCUUCCAAUCUACUAUUGGAUGGCCGCAAGAGAAGACUGAUGAAGUUAUGAUCCCCCUGAUCCGUGAGGUUAACAACCGGAAAAAAACUGGUAUCCAAAAUACUUUAACCAACUUUUUUCCUUCGGAAUACAUCAAAGCCAGUAAGGACAUUAAACUUGGAAAACGUAUUAAAAAUGCAAGUGGAAAGCUUAAGAUGAAGAAGCAGCGGACUGAAUAG